UUUGUCAGAUGGUUCGUUUCAAAUCUGGCUUCUGGUGGAGCAGCUGGGGCUACUUCACUGUGUGUAGUAUAUCCACUAGACUUUGCACGAACUCGAUUGGGUGCUGACAUUGGCAAAGGCCCCUCAGAGAGACAAUUCUCAGGUCUUGCUGACUGUAUUGUCAAAAUUGCCAAAAAAGAUGGAGUUACUGGUCUGUACCAAGGAUUUAGCGUUUCAGUACAGGGAAUUAUUGUAUAUCGGGCAUCUUAUUUUGGAUGUUAUGACACCAUAAAAGGACUGCUACCAAAUCCAAAAGAAACUCCAUUCCUUGUAUCUUUUGCAAUUGCUCAAGUGGUGACAGUAUUUUCUGGGAUACUCUCGUAUCCAUUUGACACUGUCAGAAGACGCAUGAUGAUGCAGAGUGGAGAGACUGAACGUCAGUAUAAAGGAACCAUUGACUGCUUUAUCAAGAUAUAUGGCCAGGAAGGAAUAAAUGCCUUCUUUCGUGGGGCAUUUUCAAAUAUUCUUCGUGGGACAGGGGGUGCCUUGGUGCUAGUCCUUUAUGACAAAAUCAAGGAGUUUCUUAAUAUUGAUCCUUCAUUAGGCCGAUCAUCUGAGUAA